UGCCUUCUUUCAACUCAAUUCUAUUUAUAGGCUAUUGCUCAAAUUCCAAACGCAGUGUUGGCUGUGGGAAGCACAGACUUUCGGCAGUUCAGGUGUCUAAGUGCUGAACUUACGUCUCUUGACAUGGCAUCUAGAAAAGCAAUGUACACCUGGCACAUACAAUCGCCAGACAUUUCAGAACGGAAAGAUAUCGAAGUGGAGUAUGUCCUCAAGGGGGAUCGUCCAGACGUGGCUAUGGUGCAUAUAAAUGCCGACUACUGGAAUUCGUUUCCGGCCUUGGCUGUCUACAGCGAUUAUAAAACUUGCAUUGUCGACAUAAUAGCCAUGGGACCAAAAGAAGUUUGUUUCCUCUGGACAGCGAAGGGUACUGAGGAUGACGUCUCAAAGGAUUGCCUCAAUGCAUUCAAGAAAAGAUGUGGCGACGGCGUAACUCUGUACGACACUGACAGCUGCCAUACAAAGUACAAUGAAUAAUGCAGCACAGAACUGAUACCGAAUAAAAGA